AUGUUGCCUUGUCUUUUUGGCUCCGUGCUCAAGUCAGCAAAACCUGUUUCACAAAGAUCCAUAUGGACUGGAAUAACAGCUACAGGUCCUUCUGUUGAAGACUGUGUUCAAGCUGCAAAGAGUACAAUACGUGAAAAGCCUGAUGUCUGCGUAGCUCUCAUUUCAAAGUCAUUCUCAACACGACAUUACCAAAACCUACUGGCAGCUAUCAAAAAGGAGAUCAAACCUCAAUUCUUAAUCGGUGGCGUUGUCGAUCGUGUACCAGAGGUCGACCAUGGCCUAUCGCUUUGGGCGGGCUACAAUGAAGCUAUCAUUCCCUUUGUACUUGAAGAUAGCGAGGAAAGACACAAAAUUCGCAACAUAUCCGUUGGCCGGUGGGGCAGAGUAGAGGAAACAGCGCGACUAAGAUAUCAAAGUGAUCAUGUGGAUAAAGUAGGCUGGAAAAACUUCGGAUCGAUCAGUAAACCGGCGCAGCCGCAUGAGUUGCCUCCCACCUUUCAAGGUGUGAAUGGGCAGCCUUCGUUUGUGUUUAUGGUAUCUGAUAAUGAACCUGACCAGCUGCUACAAACAUUCGAUCAUCAUUAUCCUCAUACUCCUAAAGUAGGCAUCAUCGGCUCAUCAACACCUUUCAUCACUGGUACGCCAUAUACUCUAUUCAACAACUCGAGUCUCAUGGGAUCGGGCAUCGUCGGUUUUGCGUCAUUCGGCAAACAGAAUAAAGCGCAGAUAAACAUACAUCAUCCGGCACUACAGAAAAUUGGAGAUCCACUAAGAAUCACCCGUUGUCGAGGAAACGUUAUUCUAGAUCUCGAUCAAUCGGGGGCAACAGGUCUUUUGUUAAAACUAAUAAACCAAGACAGACGAGCGUCCAAGGAUGAAGAGUUUUAUCUGGCUGUUUAUCCACCCAAUGCUGAGGGACAAGAAAAUAAAAUGACAGUAAGUCGAAUCACAAGCGGUGAUCCUAGCAGAGGAAAUAUGUCAGUUGACACAACAACAGACCUUCAAGUGGGUCAAACUGUGCAGUUUUUAAGGAGAAAGCCCUAUGACGACAGCAUGAUAGCUCCACUGCCGACAGAUGACGAUGAAAUUCUUCUGGGCGUAGGAGAAAAGGACCAUACGAUUGAUAUGUCACCAGUUCAAAUACCCGAAAUGACAAUGAUUGUCAGAGACACAUUUGGUAGCAUAAGUGAAAAUGGUGUAAUUAUAGGUCACAACUCACUACCUGCACAAGUGCUUGACGUUCCUUAUUCAAAUAUCACGUUUAAGGCUUCGUCAGAAUGA